GCAGCGCUCAUGGCUCCAGCAGCAAAAGCUUAUCAAGCAACUAUGGGAUGACUAAUGGACACUCCCUUCACCUGAAAAGCAUGUGAAGAGGUUGGCUGGCUAGUAAAGAAAAGUUAAACACCGCCUUGUCCCACGCCUGGGAUGCCUGCAGGGGAAACAUGUGAGGAAUGCAAGGUUGUUAGCCUGUAAUGUCGGAGGUGGCCUUUCUACUUCAAGACCACGGCCUUCCCCCCCUGAUGGAUCUGUUCCCACUUCUGAAACGACGUGUCUAUCAUCAGCAUCACAUCUGCUGCUUUAUCGCAACGGAAAUUUCCGUCCCACAAUGAUCUUCCUCUUUUGUCUCUCCAGCUCUUGUGUCUGGGUGUGUCAAACUCAUUUGGAGGAUGUUUUGUAUACAUUUGUGUAUGCAAACCAGGAGAGGGUUGGAGGGGACCCAAACAUUUCCACUGUAAAUCGACUAGGGUUCAUUCUGAUGAUCACGUUUUCAGCCCUACAAAAGGGUGACAACAAACAUAACCAUCUCCAUGAGGUGCUUUAGCACCUGUGCCAAAGUUAAUUUAGAAAGGCGGUACUGAAAGGGAAAAAUUCUCUAUCUCGUUGCCAUAUACUGUAACAUUGAAAAACUUUUUUGUUGAGCUUAUUCUCAGACCCUAGGUAAUACAUUGCCCAAAGUAGUAUUUGCCCGAAACAAGUAAGGCACCUUAAGGCAACUCUCUCCAUCUCUUGACCCUCCACUCUUUAAAAAAAAAAAGUAGGGCUUUUUUGCCUUUAUUUUUGACAGGACAGCUGAGGAGAGAGAGAGAAUGGGAAGGGUCGGCAAAUGACCCAGGCCGGAAUCGAACCUGGGUCGCCGUCACAGUAACCCAGUGCCCCACUGCCAGGCCACGGGAGGGCCUUGAUCCUCCACUCCUAACCCCUUGUAUCUUCCUCCUCUCCAGACCAGGCACCCCUCUCUGGGGCGGAUGGUGAGCUACGACGAGGGCAACAGCUUUGUGUGGAAGACGGACCUGAAGAGCCCUCUGCACAGGGUGGAGGUCACCCCAGACUCCAGCCCUGAGCUGCCACGUGCCCGCGGAACCUUACGAACCCAGCACCACCAGAGCCACCACCAGCAGCAGCAACAGCACCACCGCCACCAUCACCAGCGCGGAGCCAGCUGGACCAACGGCUCCUUCACCAUCCCCGCCUCCCGGCCCUCGGCCACGGAGCGCGGCAGCCCCCGCAACACGCUGGCCCAGUCCUCGCGCCGCUACGCCCGCUCCGAGGUGGUCCGCGGCACCGGCUGGUACAGCAACGGCAUCCACGCGGGUGGUGCUGGCGGCGCCGUCAACCGACCCGUCAACCAGCCCAUCUCCCAGGCCAGGCCUGCGGUGCGGCACGAGGACAUCCUCCUCCACACCAGCACUCCCUACCCGACUAUGGAAGCCCAGCGGGGGGUCGCCGCCACCACGCACCACAGUGCCUACGGGUCACAUCGGCAGGUGGCGGGGGGGCAGGCUGCCAUGUUGGUAGGGGGGCAGCAGGAGGCAGCGGGAGGAUUGGCAUGGCUGCAGCAGGUGAAGAGGGAGAGUGGCAGGGUGGGCAUGGCUAGGCAGGGCUCCUACUCAGCCUCUGUGGUCAGCAUGGAGGUGGAUGGUGCCAACGGGAGGAAGGGCGGUGCUGGAUUAGGGGCUCAGCAAUCGGGGACUGAAAGUAAGGCGGAGGGACAGGGCACAGCAAUGACUAUAGAGAGGGCAGUCGCCCUGCUCACACAAGACAACGUGGACAUGCAGGUCUCUGCUGCCAGCUUUCUGCAACAUCAAUGCUUCAACAGUGCGGACGCAAAGAAAAUGGUCUUCUACCUGCACGCCAUCCAGAAGUUGAUUGGUCUGCUGCAGAGCGACAGCGAGGAGCUUCAGCAGGCUGCGGCCGGAGCGCUGAGGAACAUCGUCUUCGAGAGCAACCAGAACAAGAUGGAGGUCCGGGACUGUGAAGGCAUCCCUGCCAUACUGCGGCUGCUCAGGAAGAGCAGAGACGUGGAGACUCGACGACACCUCACAGGGCUGUUGUGGAACCUGUCCUCCCACGACCAACUGAAGGAAUAUCUCUUGCGUGAGGCCCUGAGGACGCUGACGGAGUCUGUGUUGGUGCCAUGUUCCGGCAUGAAUGAGGGCGAGAACCCCAAAGAGGACCUCCUGUCCGACAACGAGGUCUUCUACAACACCACCGGCUGCCUACGUAACCUGAGUUCAGCUGGGCCUGAUGGCCGUAGAGCCAUGCGAGAGAGCACAGGCCUCAUCGACGCCCUCAUCUACUACACACGCGGCGCCAUCGCAGACUACAAGCCGGACGAUAAGUCCACAGAGAACAGCGUCUGCAUUCUGCACAACCUCUCCUACCAGCUGGAGCCCGAGCUGCCACAGAGAUACGCCUCACACCUCCGAGAGACACGACACAACGCACACACAGUCAAGACCAAGAGCCCCGGCUGCUUCCCUGUCAGGAGUGUGGAGGUUAUAGAGGAGCCGGAGAGACACUGCCCCCUGCUGGAAGACAAGGCCAACCCCAGCGGCGUGGAGUGGCUGUGGAGUGCCAUCACGCUGCGCAUGUACCUGUCCCUCAUCGCGCGCAGCACCCGCCACUACACCCAGGAGGCCUCCGUAGGGGCGCUGCAGAACCUCACCGCCGGCAGCGGACCGAUAGCGGAGUCCCUGGCCCAUGCGGUGGUCCAGAGGGAGGCGGGUCUCUCCCAGAUGAAGACCCUAUUGGAGGAGGGAGAGCUGUCCAUCAAGAAGACCACCGUCUCCCUCCUCAGGAACGUCUCCCGCUUCAGAGACCUACACACUGAGAUCAUCAAACAGGUGCUGCCUGAGCUGGUGGCCAUGCUGCCCAACUCGGACAGCAGCCCGGACCUGCCGGCCGACGUCAUCGUGUCCCUGUGCCACAUCCUCAUCAACCUGUGCCAGGCCGACGCCCAGAGCAUCCGCGCCGUCCUCAGCCACGGGGCACUGCCCAAGGUCAUCAGCAUCAGCACCAGGGACAACGGGUAUGGGCCUACGAGAGCAGCCCAGACAGCCUGUGUCCUCCUUCACACCAUGUGGAGACACUCAGAGCUCCGCACCGCAUACAAAAAGGCUGGCUAUCGGAAGUCUGAUUUCAUCAACAACCGGACACUGAAGGCCCUGCCCACACGUGACUGAGUCAGCAGUGGCAGUGGUAGUGGGGGGGUCAGCGAGUAAAGGACAAGCUGGACAGAAGGCAAGCGUGAUGACUUCAUGAUCUCAUCACAAAGCAGGAUAGGACUCCUCCGUUGCUGAGGACCUCUGUUGCUGAUUGGUCGGUUCUCCUUAUGACCCAUUUCCUCCCGAACGCACAGGCGUUAAAGAAGGGUGCGGUUGUUUUGUUUUCACCACCUGUAAGCGAUGAAGUCGUACAGAAGCCUGGGUAUGUGUCCCCCCACUCAUCAGGAUUUGCAUCAGGUGAAACGUCUCUGGUUUCAGGGGCUUGCUUGAGCAGACUCUUGUUCACAUCACACAAAGAAUUGCUAAAAUAAGCAAUUCGAGGAUAGUCAAUGGAAAGGUUGUUAAUAUAUUAUUUAAGUGAAAUGCAGCACUAUACACAUAGUUGUACUUACCUACAGCAGCAACUGUUCUCUCAGAGCUCAGAUCUGUCAUUCUGGGAUAGAGAACCUACAGUAUGUAGCACUUGAAAGGUUAGAGACAGACUCUCACACAGAAGGAAUUGAAGGUCGUACUGUCUAUCACAAAAGUUCUAAUGCAGGGCUUAACUUGGGUCAGGUCAAAGAUACAGUAUAUUGUUAGAUUGCUUUAUUUGUGUUUGAAUAAUGUUUGUAAAAGGCAGCCUGGUCAACUGACAUAAACAAGCAAUUAAUAGUCAGUUUUGCUGUGGGACACAACAGCCUGUACAUACCUCGACCACUGUAUAGUAGUUUAAAGCUAAAAACUCACUACACUAGUGUUUUGCUGAAUAUAUGCAACAAUGUAGCCUUCUUCCAGCAUUUCACUGGAGACUGUUGGAUUUAGAAUUCCUUUUCAUCCAUUUUGAAGUGUGAAAAAAAUGUCUUAACAUUUCUUGCGUUUGGUUUUGUAGUAAAAUAUUUUACCAAUUUACAUUGAUACAAAUGACGAAAAUAGUUUUAAAUAUUAAUACGUUGUAAAUGGUCAUGGCAUUUCUGUUAGACUACAGUAAGUUAUAGAUAUUUUAUGCUUACCACCAAUUAAAUGUUAAUAAACUGAAAACUGCACUAACAAGUACAUUGUGACUGUCAAUAUGGAGGAUUAAAUGUUGCUGCCAUUUAGAGCAGCAGUUUUGACACUACCAGUGUUGCAUCGAUAUGAGCGACCUGCCGAGCAGAGCUACCAAGCCAACAAUUAAGUUAACAGCCAAUUGGUUGCUCGUCAUGACAAAACAGCUCAUCUCGAGUUCUCGACACAACACUGAAUCAGGGUCACUCUCAUUUACCACAGUCUUAAAUACACAAGGAGCAAAUGGAGGACUACUCUGACUGACAUGACUGCAAGACUCUUGGAGACCAAAGUCUGGCCAGGCAAACCGUCUACAACAUUUCAAAUUCCCAAGAAAAAGGGAUCCAAUCCAUUUUGAGCAUUUCCAACGGCUUGAUGUGUGUGUAACUCCCCUUAGCGCAGAGCCUAUGUUAUAACCUUACUGUCACCGAAACUGUAACGGCUGCGUCUUCAUCUGUUACUUAAGGCUCUCUGUAAUAUUGUAGAAUGUUGUUAUGAUUUAGUUGAGUUUUUUCAGCAUAUAGUGAAUAGGCCCGCCAGCGACCCCAUCUGUACUAAGAGGCUACGGUAAUGACGCACCAAUUCUGUUUAAAGGUGAGUAAAGGAAUGGGUGGUGUAAUCGAUUGAGGCGUCAACCAGUAGCAUGCUGAGGCAUUUCAUGGACAUGAACUAUACAUGCCUUUUGCAUCUGCCGUGGAGAAAUUGAUGUAGAUGGUUUGCCUGACCCAGACUAUAGACUUGCUGUUGCGUAAGCCAGGCUCAUGGAAGACAGGACUCAGUGGCCCUCUUCUGAACAAUGAGCUGUCCAGAAUCUAUUACAGUAAUACUUGAUUC